AUGUUACCGACAUGGGUGCAUCCACUGGAGCGUUACAACAAAGAAAGUGUUUACCAGAUAGAUACAAAAGUUGCUCUUGGACAACUUGAAAUCAGCAGACCCUUCAAAUCAUUCAACACAUCAGUUAUAGUGCGUGUUCAGCCUGACGGUGUACCACUCAAAGAGUUCUUUUUCGAAUUUCAAGUGGAUAGAGGAUGUUCAGAAGGAUCGUGCGAUUGUGUCGAAAAUAACACACUUGAGUGUAGUCCGAUUUUCAAACAAUGUAAUUGUUAUCAGUCCUGGCAAGGCAAUCGAUGCGAAACUGAUGUCAACAAAUGCAAACAACCGACAAUUUGUUUGAGCAUGCCGAACUCAUCAUGCCGCAACAGAGAAUGGGGCUAUGAUUGCCUAUGUGUGGAAGGCUUUGACCAGCAAAAUGACACUUGCAUAGGAAAUGGUAAAGCGGAAAAAACAACAACUAGAUCACCCCAAACAACGAAGCCUCCUCAAUCAGGAAGAACUGUUUCUGUAGUUAUACGUGUUGCCAUUGAUAUGCCUGCGACGGAUAACUUAGAAAAUAACACCACUUACGAAACAUAUGCUGCAAAGAUUGACAUUAUGUUAACGAACUAUUACAAACAACGUCUUGACGAUUGGCUGAUAGAUGUUUUUAUUCGAUCGUUGAGUAAAGGAAGUCUGAUUGUGCAACACGAUGUAUUGGUGAAGGACGAGGAACAAGCACUUCAAGAACUGUCAUUAGCUAUUGUGGAACUGUUGACCUUUACUGACAGCAAUUCAUCAGGAUUAAUGCUAGAUGGUGAACAAAUUGCUGUCGAAAACGUUCGUCUUGGAAGUAGCAAUGCCCUAGAUGCAUGCAGUGUGUUUACGUCUUUAAAUCCAUGUGAGACUGGCUGCCAGGUUGAUGACAAAGGAACACCGACAUGCAGACCGGUUUCACAGGAAGACGGUAAAACAGACUACAAAGUGUUUAUAAUAGCAUUUGGCGUGACAUGCGCAUGCGUGGGAUUGGGCAUUGUAGUCGUUGUUGCAGUUCGCAAACAUAGGCAAUUAGCGAAGAACGUCAACUUAAAUUCUGGAAUAAAUGAAGCAGAUGGUAACGGAAGGGAAAUUGUUGGCGCUUUUCAUAAUCCAGUGUAUGGUGAAAAUGUAGAGAAACUAUAACAUGUCAAUGUCAUAUGUACAUGAAAUUUGAUUCAACAUGUUCAUUUUUGGAUAAAGGCAAAACUUCUUCUCUUCUACAAUAUGAUUGAAAAUGUACUUACCUUAUUUAAUGUCAUACUGGCAGUGUAAACGUUCGUAUCUAAGAGUCAAAUCGUAUCUUAGAGUCAAUAAACAAAAACGUUUUCUGUGCUUUAAAGAAUGUAUGUGAUCUUCAUUGUAAUUAUUUAAGUCUUUUCGAUGUUGAAUUUACCCGAAAUCUAAAGCAGUUUGAAUGUCUUUUGAACACGUAAUGCGUAAAACUGUUGACACAUCAAGAUCUAGUUUACAUGCACUUUCCUUUUAAUCUAAU